AUGGGGUCCGACACAUUCGAGCUGGCCGGACGCCAGUUCCCCAAUGUUACUUGGUACAAAAAUCCGGGGAUGAGAAAGACCUACAUCUGCUUGAUGUUCGUGGUCUUGACUUCGGCUACCAAUGGCUACGACGGAUCGAUGAUGAACGGAUUGCAGAUCCUGACACCCUGGCAGGAAUACUUUGGUCACCCCACGGGCUCGAGUUUGGGCAUCCUCAGUGCUAUCAUGUCCCUCGGGUCGUUGGCGGCGCUCCCGGCGGUGCCGUAUACGGCGGAUAUCUUGGGUCGUCGCAUGGGCAUCUUGAUCGGGUGUCUGAUCAUGAUCCUCGGCGUGGUUCUGCAGAGUAUCGGCGCGACCUACGGCAUGUUCCUGGCCGCACGGUUCCUGAUCGGCUUUGGUGUGGCCAUUGCCCACGGGGCCUCCCCACUGCUGAUCACCGAGCUGGUCCACACCCAGCAUCGUGCAAUCUUCACGACGAUCUACAAUACCACUUGGUAUUUCGGUGCCAUUGUCGCUGCGUGGCUCACGUUCGGCACCAACAACAUCAAGAAUGACUGGGCGUGGCGCGCCCCGUCCAUGGUGCAGGCGCUCCCGUCCAUCAUCCAGAUCAUCUUCGUUUGGUUCGUGCCCGAGUCGCCUCGGUUCCUCAUCUACAAGGGCAAGCACGAGCAGGCGCUGAAAGUGAUGGCGGACGCCCAUGCCAACGGCGACCAGGAGGACGAGGUGGUGCAGCUGCAGAUGCACGAGAUCAAGGAGACGAUCCGGCUGGAGAAGGAGUUCGAGAGCAACGGCUGGAUGGAGCUGAUCCGCACCAAGGGCAACCGGCACCGCAUCCUCAUCUGCAUCACGGCGGGGUUCUUCUCGCAGUGGUCGGGCAACGGGCUAGUGUCGUACUACAUCAAGAUGAUCCUCGAGACGGUGGGCUACACCGACACCGUGCAGCAGAACCUCAUCAACGGCUGCCUGAACAUCCUCAACCUGAUCGUCGCCCUGACCAUGUGUUUCUUCGUCGACAAGAUCGGCCGCCGCCGGCUCUUCCUGGUCUCGACGGCGGGCAUGCUUAUCGCGUUCAUCGUGUGGACGAUCUGCUCCGCGCGCUACGAUAUCCACAAUACUUCCUCCACCGCCAACGCCGUCGUCGCCAUGAUCUACAUGUACUACGUGUUUUACAAUCUCGCGUGGUCGGGUCUCCUGGUCAGCUACACGGUGGAGAUCCUGCCUUAUAGCAUCCGUGCUAAGGGCAUGACGGUGAUGUGGUUCUGCAUUGACGCCGCCCUCUUCUUUAACCAGUACGUCAACCCCAUCGCCCUAGACGCCAUCCAUUGGAAAUACUACAUCUUCUACUGCGUGUGGCUGGGCAUCGAGCUGGUGGUGGUGUGGUUCUUCUACGUGGAGACGCGUAACACUCCGCUGGAGGAGAUCGCCAAGUACUUUGAUGGUGAAAAUGCUAUGGUCGGCGGGGCGGCGGCGACCCAGAAGGCGCGCGAUCUGGCGUCGACGCUGGAGGAGGAGCCUGUGAAUGAGAAGAAACCCCCCAAAAUCCCCAAAAGCACAAAACAAGCCCUCAUCAUAUCGCACCUCCAAAACUCCACCACCUGCCACACACUACGCGAGCUGGAGCGCGCCCUCCCAGCCGUGGCCUCCAUCGCGAGCAUCCAAGUCAAAGAGUACCUGCAGGAGUUGACCGAUGGGGGCCAGAUCCACGUGGAGCGGAUCGGCACGGUGAACUGGUACUGGAGUUUUGCGGGGGUGGAGCAGCGGGUGCGGGAGGAGCGGGUGUCUCGGUUGGGGGAGGAGCGGGAUCGGGUCCGGGCUGGGGUGGAGGGGUUGGUGAGUGUUUUACGGGAGAGGGAGACACUUUUGGGUGGGGAGGGUGGUGAUGUUGAAGGCGAGAGGGGGAGGUUGGAGGAGGAGAGGAAGGUGAUGAGCGGGGAGAGGGAUGCGCUGAGGAGGGAGUUGGGGAGUUGUGGUGGUGAUGUUGAAGGCGAGAGGGGGAGGUUGGAGGAGGAGAGGAAGGUGAUGAGCGGGGAGAGGGAUGCGCUGAGGAGGGAGUUGGGGAGUUGUGGUGGUGAUGGUGAGGGCGGGAUUGGGGAUAGUGGAAUGGAUGGGGAGACACUACGAGGGGAGAUCGCACGGUUGAAGGAGGAAGCUCGUCUGUGGACGGAGAAUGUGUGGGUUGUGGAAGGGUAUCUGGAGCGGUUGGCUGGAGGAGAUCGUGAGGUGGUUGAGACGGUGCGGAGGGAAUGUUAUGGGGAGAUGUAUGGCGAGGGGGAGGGGUUGGAUGUAUCGUAG